AUGCUCCCACCGAUUCCAAGUCUCGACGACUAUGGCCUCUCAACUGCGCAUGGAUUCCUGCCAAACGAGCUGCCGCUGGCGCGACUUCCCGACCCAUACUACAACAAAUGGGAGGCCAUCGCUGCAAACCUGCCAGCGUUAAUUCUCAGUCGCCGGCUUCGUGGUGUCAUUGACCGGCUACACGUGCUCGAUACCAUCGGCCUGGAGCACGAUGCGGAAUGGCGACGUGCAUACUCGAUUCUUUGUUUCAUGACACAUGGCUAUGUCUGGGCUGGCGACUCGCCCGCGGAUCGCAUUCCACCUCAAAUUUCCAUCCCGCUUCUUGCAAUAUCUCAUCGACUUGACAUUCUUCCUGUCGCAACAUAUGCCGCUGUCUGUUUGUGGAACUUCAAACCGCUAUUCAUGAAUGAGGAUAUUGACAAUCUGGAGAAUUUGGCAAGCCUCAACACAUUCACGGGCUCUAUAGACGAAUCCUGGUUUUACUUGGUAUCGGUCGCUAUUGAAGCCCGCGGCGCGCCUAUGCUGGACCUAGGGCUCACUGCUAUGGAGGCAGCCAGGCUUGAUAACAGGGCCCUCGUCAUCAGCUGCUUAUGCGCGUUCGCUGAGCGAUUAACAGACCUCACAAGUCUUUUACAGCGCAUGCAUGAGAACUGCGACCCGACCGUGUUUUACAAUCGCAUUCGUCCCUAUCUCGCGGGUAGUAAGAACAUGGGCGAAGCGGGUCUACCUCACGGUGUUAUAUACGAAGACGGCUCUGGCGCCGAAGAGCAUCGACAAUACUCUGGAGGCAGCAAUGCACAGAGCAGUCUGAUUCAAUUUUUUGAUAUUCUGCUUGGUAUCAAGCACCAUCCUACUGGGCAGUCAGUGCCUACCAGCGAGGCCACGGCGAGACGGAACAACUUCAUUCAAGAUAUGCGACGCUAUAUGCCUGCACGUCAUGCAGAAUUUCUCACUGACUGCGAGAAUGUGGCCAACAUUCGCUCAUAUGUUGAAAGUAAUACGGAUGACGAGAAGUUGUGCCUGUCAUAUGAUGCAUGCCUUGCUAUGCUCAGUGCAUUCCGUGACAAGCAUAUUGCUAUUGUCACAAGAUACAUCAUUAACCCGUCGCGUGAGGUUCGGGCGCGAAGCCGCAGUCCCGAAGCCGUACGAGGUCGGAACAACAUCGCCAUCGCAUCCCGAAGAGGAGACGGCAAGCUGCAGAAGGGUACUGGUGGAACUGCUCUGAUUCCUUUUCUGAAGCAGGCUAGAGACGAGACAGGGGCUCCAGCGAUAGCAGAGUGGACAAGGCGGUUCAUGAAGCGCCAAGUGAAACCCUCUGGCCAAAGUGAUCUAUUUGCAGCCAGGCAAGAUGAAGUGACAGUGAUGAGAACGGAUGAGAUUCCUAUCCGUGGUCUUGCACAGACAUGGACAAUGGAGGAUGAAGUGGGGGGUAUUUGCCAGUUUUGA